AUGCAAUUCACUUCUACUUUAUUAACAUCCGCUUUAUUUGCCACAAGUGCUAUGGCUGUCAUCAGUAACUCCUCUUCUUCUGCUGUCGAGGAUGUUUCUUCCACUGUUGUCUCUUCUAUCGUUUCUUCUGCUGUUGCCGCUGACAACGAAACCACUACCGACAUCCCAGUCUCUACUACUUCCUCAAUUGCUCCAAUUGUUAACUCUACUACCUCUUACAUCUCCUCCACUUCUGCUCCAGUAGUAUCUCACCCAGCUUACAACUCCACCGAAUUAUUCACCGUCACUGAAGUCGUCACUGCUUUCACCACUUACUGUCCAGAACCAACUGAAAUCAUCACUAACAGUAAGACUUACACCGUCACCGGUGCUACCACUUUGACCAUCACUGAUUGUCCAUGUACCAUCGUCAAGACUACCGACAAGCAAGCCGCUGAACCAACCACUACUAAGGUUGUUCAAGUCACUUCCUCUACUAAGGCUGCUGGUUCUUCUACUCAUUCCGUCAUCGACGCCAAUGCCGCUAACGCUAUGAUCCCAUCCGUCGCUGGUUUGAUCGGUGCUUACUUACUAUUAUAA